UAUAGGAGCGGCAAAGAGGAGACCUGAUUUAAAGCUUAUUAUUACCUCUGCAACAUUAGAUGCUGACAAAUUUGCUACCUACUUCAACAACUGUCCUAUUUUUACUAUUCCUGGCCGUACUUACCCAGUAGAAGUUUUAUAUACAAAAGAUCCUGAAUCAGACUACUUGGACGCUGCACUUAUUACUGUCAUGCAGAUUCAUCUUUCAGAGCCACCAGGAGAUAUUCUUUUAUUCUUGACAGGUCAGGAAGAAAUCGAUACUGCAGCAGAAAUCCUAUAUGAGCGUAUGAAAGCGCUAGGCAACGACGUCCCAGAAUUGAUUAUCCUCCCAGUCUAUAGUGCUUUGCCAUCCGAAAUGCAAUCCCGUAUCUUUGACCCAGCGCCUCCUGGAAGUCGUAAAGUAGUGAUUGCGACCAACAUUGCUGAAACCUCAAUCACUAUUGAUGGUAUCUAUUAUGUCAUUGAUCCUGGCUUUGUUAAGCAAAACAAAUGGGACGCCAAACUUGGCAUGGAUUCAUUGGUAGUGGUUCCUAUUUCACAGGCAGCUGCUAGACAACGUGCUGGUCGUGCUGGACGUACUGGUCCAGGCAAAUGCUACAGACUUUACACAGAGACUGCUUAUCGUAAUGAAAUGCUACCCAAUACGAUUCCUGAAAUUCAACUGCUCAACUUGUCUAUGACCGUGCUUACUCUCAAGGCAAUGGGAAUUAAUGAUCUACUUCACUUCGAUUUUAUGGAUCCUCCACCAGAAAACAAUUUAAUCCAAGCACUUGAACAACUUUAUGCUCUUCAAGCGUUAGAUGAUGAAGGUCUCUUGACACGUCUUGGUCGUAAAAUGGCAGAGUUCCCUCUGGAACCCCAAUUGUCAAAGAUGCUUAUUCAGUCUGUUGACUUGGGCUGUUCCGAAGAAAUUUUGACCAUUGUUGCCAUGUUGACUGCUCAAAAUGUGUUUUAUAGACCCAAAGAGAAGCAAGCUCAGGCAGAUCAAAAGAAGGCUAAAUUCCAUCAACCAGAAGGUGAUCAUUUAACAUUGUUAACAGUUUACAAUGGUUGGAAGAAUAGCAAGUUUUCUACUCCAUGGUGCUAUGAGAAUUACAUUCAGCAACGUAGUAUGAAGCGUGCACAAGAUGUGAGAAAGCAGCUGCUUGGUAUUAUGGAUAGAUAUCGUCAUGAUAUUGUGUCCUGUGGUCGUAAUUACACAAAGGUGUGCAAAGCAUUAGUAUCAGGAUACUUUAGAAACGCUGCUAAAAAGGACCCUCAGGAAGGAUACAAGACAUUGCUUGAAGGGACACCUGUUUAUAUCCAUCCCUCAAGUGCAUUAUUUAAUAAGGGUCCCGAAUGGGUAAUUUAUCAUGAAAUUGUGUUUACCUCUAAAGAAUAUAUGCGUGAAGUCACUGCUAUUGAUCCAAAAUGGUUAACCGAAGCAGCGCCCACUUUCUUCAAGAUUGCAGAUGCAAAUAAGAUUUCUAAACGUAAAAAGCAAGAAAAGAUUGAAGUAAGUAGACAAUCUUUGUUUAUCCUACAUUUCUCAUACUUUUUUAUUUUAGCCACUCUAUAAUCGAUAUGAAAAGCCCAACGAAUGGCGUCUUAGUAGAGCCAGGCGUGGAGGAAGAAUCAGUCAAACAUUUGGUUAAAAGAGACAUACAUUUGUAUAUUUUUGCAUUAUUUCCAAUAAAUAAAAAGUGACAAGAAUAACACAUAAC